GUCAGGGCCCGAGACAGAUGGGACAGCAGGCCACUCUGCAGCCACUCUAACCGGCUCACCUCAGAGCACUCGGCAAAACAAGACAAAAGAAAAACAGGACGGAGAAAAGACCCAAAGCUCCUUGAUGAAAGGAGCAUCUUCUCUAAUUUUCUGGGAUAGAAAACUUCAGGAAAACUGGAACCUUCCGACAGGGAUCAACACUUGCAGAAAUUGACUUAAGAAUGCAGGACGGGAGCUGGAAUGACACACUCCCCCUCUCUCUGCUGAUGAAUGAGGCGUGUCCUUCAGGGGGCGUGUCCUUGGAGGGGGAUGGGGGCGUGGUUUCUGGGGCAUCUCUGGAUGGCGAGGUUUACAUGGACUCAAUGGCUGAGCUGGAGAGCGGGGAUGGGGACUUUCCAGAACUUUCUGCUUUUCUGAGCCAGGAUGAGAUCAACCUCAGUUUGGAUCUGGCUCGAGAGGCCAUGAGCGACAAAGAUGACCCAAAUGACCCAGAACCCCCCGUUCCCACAGAACAUCUACCCCUUUACUCAGAAACCAAAGACCAUGCUCUCCCAGAUUCAGCAUCUCACUCAGUUGAUUCCACAUGUGGUAAAGUCGCACCCAAUCAGAGCAGGCAUAACCACCCCUGCGCUGCUUCUGAAUCGCCUGAAAAGUUUGUCUGCCAAAAAUCCAUUGCACCAGUAUAUAAGCAGGACCGGCCCCGGCUGAUCCACGGAGGUCUGGAGCUCAAUGAACGAGCCGCAUCGGCUACUGAGUUUUGCAGUCGAGCUGCUACUUUCAUUGAGGAGCUCUCAUCUAUCUUUAAAGGCUCCGCACGUGUGGAUCCACAAGGUGAUGAAGACUCCUCCUCACCCGACAGUGGCUAUUUGUCUCCAAAGAGUCACCGGCUGGCCAUGCAGCAGACUCAGCCACCUUCAUCCACCUCCUCUUCCUCUGAGCCCCAGCAGGAAGGUGUUCUGCAGGGCCAGGCUGAUGUUGGGUCAGGUGAGCUUCAGGGUGGAGGGGUUAGUCUGGAUGGUCCCCUGGCUCCUCCACACUUCACCCAGAAACUGAAGAGCCAGGAAGUGGCAGAGGGAAGCCCUAUACGGCUGGAGUGCCGGGUGACCGGGAACCCUCUUCCUCUGGUCAGGUGGUUUUGUGAGGGGCGGGAGCUACACCACUGCCCUGAUAUCCAGAUCUGUCGUGAUGGUGACCUGCACACUCUGGUGAUCACAGAAGCGUUUGAAGACGACACCGGCAGGUACACCUGCGUAGCUUCCAACGCACUGGGAGCAGAUAACACUUCUGCAGAGGUCUAUAUUGAAGGCGCUUCCUCCUCAGACUCAGAAGGUGAAGGAUCUGUGUCGAAGUCUAGGUCUGGAGCCAUGCCACAGGCACAGAAGAAAACCAGCUCAGUUUCUCUGACGAUACACACAUCUUCACCAAAGAGCCCAGACGCUCAACCUCAUCGCUCCACGCUGGUGCAGCCGAUUUCUACUACACCACAGAGAGUCCAGAGUCCAGUUUCUUCACUGUAUGCCGGUGAUGCUCUUGCUAAAGCGCCCCCUAGCUUCACUAAGGUGUUGCAGGACGCACAGGCGUCUGAAGGUCAGGUGGUGGUUCUGGAGUGCCGGGUCAGAGGUAGUCUUCCUCUGCGGGUCCAAUGGUUUCGAGAAGGCCAGGAGAUCCAGGACUCUCCUGAUUUCCGCAUCCUACAAAAGAAGCCAAGGUCAGCAGCAGAACCCGAGGAAAUCUGCACGUUGGUGAUUGCGGAAGCAUUCCCUGAAGAUGGAGGUCUAUUUUGCUGUACAGCAACAAACGAAUAUGGCUCAGUUAAAAGCACUGCACGGCUCACGGUCACACCAGUUGCUGAAGAGAUUCCCACCAAUGGCGUAUCAGGGGAUGAAAGUGUGUUUGAGGACAACCAAUCAUUCCCACCUCCGCCUCCACCUCUGCCUCUGCCUCCUCCACCCACUGAGAUUAGUUUGCUGGAAGUCCCGCCCAAAACCCCGCCCAGUGCCGAGGCCUUCCAGAUCAAUGAGUUAGACAUCUGGCCCAGUGUCACUGCGCUGCCUGUUCAGGUCUCGACAGAUAAUGAGCCUGAGGAAAGUAUACCCAACAAACCUCUACAAAAUGGCCAGUUCACCAAGCCACUAGAUGAAAGUCUAUCAUCACCUUCAAGUGUGAAAGAAACAGCAGCUCCACCUCCAUCGCCUUCAGCAGUUAAGGCUCCACCUCUGCCCACCAAACCCAAACCUAAACUAUCAAAUGAGCAAGCAGACGACAUCUCAAAUGAAAGAAACGCAGUGCAACUGAAGCAGCUUCAAGAUCAGAUCCUUCUAGAGCAGCAGCAGCUUCCCGCUCCUCAGGAAGUCUCUCCUCCAUCUCCACCACUCCCACCUCCUCCCUCUUUCCAGGAGCUGGAGAGCAGCACCAUGCAGACCAGCACCUUCAACUAUGCUCGGCCCAAGCAGUUCAUCGCUGCUCAAAGUCCCACAACAAGCGGAGGACCCAUCGGAUACAGCUCGCAGUCCUCCAGUCCACUGUCCCCAACAACAUCCCACAAGCCCUUCAGCCGCGUCUCCCUUCCGCCCUUCCAUCAGCAGCCGCUACUGUCCAAAUCAAGCAGCGUAGAGUCUCCCAGCUCGCCUUCAUUCCCGCCUCCCCCUCCACCCUUCCUCAGCUCCAGCAAUCUGUCCUCUCCUGCUGGUUUACCACAAGAAUUCCCCCCACCUCCUCCGCCACCUCCACCACCUGCCACGUCCAGCCCCACCCGCUCAGACACCUCCUCGCCAUUCACAUCCACUCCUCACUCACCGGCCGGAUUCCUGGCAUCUGUGCUGCCCACCACACCACCUCCGCCACCAAUGAAUGCAUUGGGGCUGCCCAAGGGUAACGGCACAGUGGCUUUGCCACGUAAAACAACACCCCGUACACCUCGCAUCAUCUCUGACUCAGACAUCCAAGGCUCUAAAGAUGCUGUUAUACAAGAUCUAGAGAGGAAACUACGCUUCAAAGAGGAGAGGCUCAGCAAUGGACAGCAGAGGUUAACCUAUGAGGAGAAGAUGGCUCGCAGGCUGCUGGGUGCUGAUAAUGCUGCCACAGUGUUUAACACACAACAGGUGGAGGAGGAAGCCAAUACACAGGAAGGCUCAGCUGACUCAGAGUCUGUCCCUCAAAAGGAGUAUAAAGUGUCCAGCUUCGAGCAGCGGUUGAUCAGCGAGAUUGAGUUUCGUCUGGAGCGUUCGCCUGUUGAGGAGUCUGAUGAUGAUGUUCAGCAUGAUGAAGAUGCGCCUGGAGAGGUGGCGCCGUCUUUCGAUCAGAAGCUCAAGCAUUACAAGGUGUUCGAGGGCAUGCCUGUGACCUUCAGCUGCAAGGUCAUGGGAGACCCAAAGCCUAAGGUGUAUUGGUUUAAGGAUGGAAAGCAGAUCUCAAAGCGCAGCGAACAUUAUCGUAUCAGCCGUGAUCCAGACGGCACAUGCUCACUUCACACAGCAGCCGCUUCACUAGAUGAUGAUGGGAACUACACCAUCAUGGCAGGCAACCCAGCGAGUCGAGUGAGUUGUACUGGAAGGAUGAUGGUCCAGGCUGUUAACCAGAGAGGGAGAAGUCAGCGCUCCACACCUGGACAUAUUCGCAGACCACGCUCAAGGUCCAGAGACAGUGGUGAUGAGAAUGAGAAUAUUCAGGAACGUCACUUCCGCCCUCAUUUCCUUCAGGCUCCUGGUGACCUGAUUGUGCAGGAGGGUAAACUGUGCCGCAUGGAUUGCAAGGUGAGCGGACUGCCAACUCCUGACCUCAUCUGGCAGCUGAAUGGCCAGACCAUCCGUCCAGACUCCUUCCACAAGAUGCUGGUGAGGGAGAACGGGGUUCACUCAUUGGUCAUUGAGCCGGUGACGAGCAGAGAUGCAGGAGUUUACACAUGCAUCGCCAGCAACAGGGCUGGACAGAACUCAUUCAACCUGGAGCUCAUUGUUGCAGCCAAAGAGAUGCAUAAAGCUCCGAGUUUCAUUGAGAAACUCCAAAACACAAGUGUUGCUGAAGGUCACCCUGUGCGUCUGGAGUGUCGCGUGUCUGGAGUCCCAUUCCCACAGAUCUUCUGGAAGAAAGAGAAUGAGUCUUUCACUCAUAACACAGACAGGAUAAGCAUGCACCAGGACAACUUUGGUUACCUCUGUAUGAUCAUCCAGCCAGCUCUGAAGGAAGACGCAGGCUGGUACACAGUUUCGGCUAAGAAUGAAGCUGGCAUUAUCUCUAGUACAGCACGUCUCGAUGUACACGCCCAGUGGCAGCAGACUCACACCCCAAAGCUCAAAAAGGUGCGUCCAUCCACCAGCCGCUACGCCGCCCUGACAGAACGAGGUCUGGACGUGAAGGCGGCCUUUUUCCCAGACUCCAACCCUCUUCCUCCCGGCACCCUGGUGGAGAGCGACGACCUGUAGAGACUAGAAUAGAGGAUCUGACCUUCAAGCCCUUGAUCCAGCGCACUCCAUAAUUCCAACUCGCUUCCCUACAACAGCCGAGAGAAGAGUGAUGGAACGGCAAGCUGCUCCGCACUUCCUCGAAGAUUACGAUUCUUGGUAUUUUCACUUCUUCUCCACCACCUGAGGAGAGGACUAAACCAUUCGCUAUUCUUUCAUUUCAGUCGCUUUUUGAGAGGGAAGUGAUGCGGGUGCUUAAGUAAGGUCAUAUCCUGCUUUUAAACAGACUUAAUGGUUCACUGGCGCACUUAAAACACACACACACACAGAAACACGGCUGUGAGGAAGGAGGUAGUUUACCGAUGAUCACCUUGUUUUUCAUCUCUAGAUUAUUUCACAAGUGCCUAAGUAAUAUUUAAUUUUAAAAUGAACUAAAAAUAAAUAAAAAUGUAUUCGAAUAACUCGCAUCUAGCUGUGCAUGUUACUACGGUGCCAACAUGUAACACUUCUUAUGUAUUUAGUUCUAAUGCUUUAGAUUAGAUGUAUUUAUGAAGCGCUGGAGGAAACGUUUUCCUCUCCGGCACGGGGACUUCUUUUUAGGUGGGAGGGGAGGGGUUGAAAGUCGUCUGGAAGAUUUAAGGAGCAAGGCUUUGGAAAGAUGGACGCAUCCUGAAGCUCCAGGGACCCCCAUUGUCCUUGGAGCUUCAGGGUGCAUGAUGCCAGUCGCACACUGCCAUAGAUAGAAGCUGCGUCUGGAUCUCAGCUCCUGUCCAGAGAUGUUGCACAAGGCCGGGCCUUAAUGAUUUUUAGGAGAGAUUAAAAGUGGAGACUGAUACGUCGAGUGACACGAGUGAGGAGAUUUGGACAGAUGAUUGUUGAGAAAUGCUGAUAAUGAAAGUGCUGGAAGGAAGUUUGUAGAGGACGGGGGGUGGAUUAUGUGGAUUUGACUGAUUUUAAAGAUGGUGGUGGCGCAUGAAAGGAACUGAUGGUAAAGCUUUUGACAGGUGGGCUUCAGUUUUCAGGUUUGGAAUUACAGAAACAUGCAGAAAAGGUGCACGUGGAUUUGUUGAGAAUUAAUUUAAUUGGCUUUCUUCGAGGGGGAUAAAACAUUUGACAUUUUCUCAACGAUCAGUGGAGUAUCAAAUACUCACGUUGGGAGUUGAAACAGUUUAGGAAUCAUCUCGCACACAUUUGCAACGUAUAUACAAAACAAUGUAGCGUAAUCUAGUCAUAUAAGCCUGUGAUUGCAUAUGUUUUUGUUUUUUUUCUUACACAGUUCUUAUUCCUUCAAGUAGGCAGAUUUUAGGAGGCUCUUAUUCUCCAGUAUUUCUGUUUUCCAAGCCAACCUGUGCCUGUAUACAGACUGUUCUCCUUAUUCUCUACUGGUUUAUGAAUAGUACAAUAAAUAAACAUCUCUAAAAGUA